UUAUACUUCUUGCUGUUGGGGCUGCUCUAAUUCUAAGUGGUGCAUUCCAUUCAACCCCAGAGGCUCCUGCAUACGGCGAUGGCUGGUGGGGUAAGGGUAUGAGACCAACAACGCCGGCAGAUGAGUCGAUAUCUCCAUUUGAAAUCAAGCUUGGAUCGUCUGCACUUAACGACUUAAAGUCAAGAAUUAGGAAUGCUCGUUUUGCGGAAGGAUUGGAAGACAGCCAAUUUCAUUACGGGACGAGACCUGAGUACAUGAGAAAAGUUGCCAAAUAUUGGCUGAGUAGUUAUAACUGGACUAAAGAGCAAGAAGAGAUAAACAAGUUCGCUCAUUUCAAAACCUCUAUCGAAGGCCUGGACAUUCACUUCAUGCAUAUCAAACCUAAUCUUCAGCCUGGACAGAAGGCAAUACCAUUAAUGAUGCUUCAUGGUUGGCCUGGCUCCUUCUACGAAUUCUUGAAGAUUGCUCCAAUGAUGACUGACCCUUUGGCUCAUGGUGGUCAAUCUGAUGAUGUUUUUGAAUUAAUUUGCCCAACAAUACCUGGUUUCACAUUUUCCGAAGCAUCUCACAAAAAAGGGCUCAACGCUUUAGCGGUUGCAAGAAUAUAUGACAAGCUCAUGAAGCGACUUGGCUUUGAUAAGUAUUACAUUCAAGGUGGAGAUUGGGGUGCAGCUAUAGUUACUAAAAUGGCACUAAUAGCCCCGAAGUCAAUCUUGGGUCUUCAUACCAACAUGGCAACCCCCCGUGUUCCUUUCCAACCACUUCUCCUAUUGAUUGGUAGUUACUUUCCUAACCUUGUAUUUAGCUCAAAAGAUGAUCAAGAAAAGGUUUUUCCGGUUGGAGAAAAAUUCACUGAUCUAUUACUUGAAACUGGUUAUAUGCAUAUACAAGCAACAAAACCAGAUACUAUAGGUCAAGCCCUUGACGAUUCCCCGAUUGGACUUGCUGCGUACAUCUUGGAAAAGUUUUCAACUGGAACAAAUAAACAUAACCGAAAUAGGGAUGAUGGUGGUAUUGAAGAGAACUGGAAGCUAGACGAAGUCUUGACAAAUAUUAUGUUAUAUUGGAUGACGAAUUCAAUGACAACAGCAAUGAGGUUUUACAAGGAAAACAUCGCAGAGUUGUUUCAAGAACCAAUAUAUGAAAUAACCGUGCCAACUGCUGUUGCUGAUUUUCCAAAUGAGUUUAACCGCCCACCAGAGCAAUGGACUCGAAAACAGUUUGUUGAUCUUGUGCAGUUUAGUAUCAUGCCACGUGGAGGCCAUUUUGCAGCAUUCGAGGUACCUAGUUUACUCGCACAGGAUAUUCGCAAAUUUGUAAAGGCGGUCGAAGCAAGAAGAAGUACCUGAUUAUUUUGUAGUUCUAUUCAUUAAAAGAUCCAAUAUUGUCAUUUUAAUAGUGUGUAAAAUCAAACACAAGUAUUUAGGGUCGGGUCCAUUUGCCGCUAAAUUAAAAAAAAAAACAAAUUUAGUGCAUAUCAAUGUUAUGUGAAUCACUUAGGCCUCUAUUCUGAAACUGUUGUGCCCACCCGUUUAAAGAAUUCUAGAUUCGCUGCUGGUAUUCUUUAUAUUUUUGCAGCAUGUAUAGGCCUAUUUUUUUUUAAAUAAUUUCUUUUGAUUAAAUCGCUAAAGAAUAAACAACUAUAGAAAAAAAUAUAAA